GUUUCAGAAGCAAAUUUAGUGGAAGGAGAUGGUGAAUUCUCCAAGGUAGUGAAAACAAUGCAAGCAAAGGCCAAGCUAGUUCAGAUUGGUUCCAUCCCACCGAGUGAGCUGGGAAAACUGAAAGCCUAUCUAUUGAACACUAGAUCAGAUGGUAUUUGGGAUGUUCUGGUAGAAGUUGUAGCAGCUCUGCAACAUGUUGAAGGAAGUAUAAAAAAACAGUGGCUUGUUGAUGCAGUGGAAAUUAGCUGUGUAACAAUUUAUCCUUCCACGGCUCUGCGUUUCGUUGGUAUGCUCUGUGGUAGCUGCUCCAAGUAUAUGCCUCUCCUAGUUGUGGACCAACACACGGUGUUGAGUGACCUACCGGUUACCCUUUCAUCUCUUUUAUCAGAUAGCAGCUGGGGGUUGGUUGCAGAGUCUGUGGUUUCGUAUUUGUGGGCAUCCACAGAGAGAAUUUAUGAUUGGGCCAUGCGUAUAGCACGCAGUGAUGAUUCACCUAUCCUGCAGCCUAUUGACAAGAGUGAGAAUGUUUCGGCAUUUUUUCUAUUGCAGAUGAUGCAUCGUACCUGUGUUUCUUUGAAAGAUUAUUUGCCUCCUGAGAAGCAGUUCAAGCUUGCCAACUUGGUGGUCCCUUGAAUUCUGGGACAUACGUUGAAAUGCUUGCAACAAGGCUUGAACGCAUGAUGUUUGUAUCUGGGACAUGCGUUGAAAUGCUCGUGACAAGGCUUGAACGCAUGAUGUUUGUAUUAGUUGCAGCUUGUAACAUUUUGUUUUUUGUAUAGUAGUUUCAGAGGAAUUUCAUUUUCUAUGUGAUGUAACUUUGUUAGUAACUGAAAUUGUUUCUAAUAGGAAAAUUAAUCCAAUAUCUCAUCUGGAUGUAGAUUAACUGUUUAAUAAAAUUUGAAAUUUAGGAUAGGAUAACAUUCUAUGA